UGCCUAACUAAAGAAGAAGAAGAAGAAGGUGGAGCGGUCAGCAGCCCGGUGUGUCAGCGUGAACACACAUGUAGUGGUGAUGAUUGUUUUAACUUCCAGAUAACCUGCCGCGACACCAACAUGACAGACUACGCCGAGGAGCAAAGGAAUGAGCUCGAAGCUAUCGAGUCCAUCUACCCAGACUCUUUCACAGUGCUGUCAGAGGAUCCCACCAGCUUCACCAUCACUGUGACGUCAGAUGCAGGGGAAAAUUGUGAAACCGUGGAAGCAACAUUUAAGUUUACAUAUGUAGAGAAAUACCCAGAUGAGCCUCCCCUGUGGGAGAUCAACUCCCAAGAGAACCUGGAGGACAGUGAUGUGGAGGACAUCCUCACCCUACUGCAGCAACAGGCAGAAGAAAACCUGGGCAUGGUGAUGAUUUUCACCCUGGUGACAGCCGUUCAGGAGAAACUCAAUGAAAUCAUGGAUAUGAUGAAAAACAGACGAGAAGAGGAGAAGUUGCGGAAAGAGCAAGAGGCAGAGGAAGCGGAGAAGGUUGCGUUCCAGGGCACAGUUGUAACCAUUGAAAAUUUCCUGCUGUGGAAAGCCAAGUUUGAACUGGAAGUGGCUGAGCUGAGGAGGAGAAAACAGAAGGAGGAGGAGCAGGCAGGAAAACCCAAACUCACUGGUAAACAGCUGUUUGAGACGGACCACAACCUGGACACAUCUGAUAUUCAGUUCCUGGAAGAAGCUGGAAACAACGUUGAAGUGGAUGAGUCACUGUUCCAGGAGAUUGAGGACUUGGACUUGGAUGAGGACGACCCAGACUUUGACCCUUUAGAGAUGGGCAGUGAUGAGGAUUAAGACAACAGUAGGACAGAGCACUGCUGAGGACAGUCUGGGCCAGACCUGCUCCUCUCUGGAAUUUGAUACAUUGAGAAGAUCAGCAUCUGCAUUUAUUUUUAAAGACUCCCAAAGCAUUUCACACUUCUUAAAUGUGAUAUAAACAUAUACACCCAUCAGUUCUGAUUUUUAUGCCUGAACAAUUAAAUUUACCAGAUAAAUGUCGGA